UACAUAAGGAUUUUUUUAUUACUAAAUUAUACUGUCUUUAAAAUUUAAGAUUUUACGUUUUCGACUUUUUAAUUUGCAAUGCAUGAACCAUCGAUAUCGGACCCAAUGUCCUUUUUAUACUUGGACAUGUUAUCAAAUCUGUUACUAGAAGACGUCAAGGAAAUCGGAAAAGAGUUCGAUAUAAAAAUUAACUUUAUACGCCAGCAGGAACGGAGCUGUUUGGAGAAUGCAAAACAACUCAUUUCCGUCGAUCAGUUUAUAAAAACGAUGAGGGACUGUCUUUUUCAAAUGGAGCUGGAAUUGCAGGAGAACGAAGCUGAUUUGCUCAAUGUGGAAAAAUCCAUUUCGCGGUACCAGGCAUCUUCCAUAUAUUUUGACAAAGGACCAGAUGCAAUUCGUCUAAUGCCUAGAAACUACCUGCUUUUCUUAAAGCUACUUUUAUCGGCGGAUUGCUCGGCAGCACAAUGUAACAAUCUAAGGGCAGAGCUCGACCAAUAUAAUAAUGAGGCCCUGAAGUGUUUAGACUCUCCUAAAGUGAUCACCAAGAUCAUGGACUAUCAUUUAAAGACGCUCAAUACACUGGAGAAAAAGCUGAAUCAUCUGCAAUCCUUGAGUGACAAUGUGGCCAAAAGCUAUGAUCAAAUGGCCAAAAAACUAAAUAUAAGCAGCCUGAGCACCAAGUGCUCCUGCAAAAUGGCAAAUAUUAUCAAUGAUAUACGCAUGAACUGACAGCAUGAAACGCCUGAUUACAGCAUAAUUUUAAUGUAUUUCAAAAAAUAACUUUUAACAUAAUGAAUAUGAUACAUAUGUA